AUGACCGAUUUCACUUUUGACGUCGGUGCCCAUCUGGAUACCAAGCGUUUUGCAAUAUCCGGUGGUGUCGAUAACUUUUACGUAUAUGCUACCCUUAAGCCAAAGGAUGGAUUCAAGUUGACCAAGGUCAUCAAUGGUGUUCACGUUCUCUGGGAAUCUUCCGCAUUUCUCUUCUUAAAACUUUCAAAUGAAGCCUUAUAUUUUGAGUUCAAGGGUUUAAGUUGGAACGCUAUAGGUGAGCCUGUUUACAAGGAGAAAUUGACUCUGGGAUUGGAUAGACACAACUUCGAAGGUGUUGAUUUCGACCUCAGUCAUAUAAACCCAAAGAAUGCAAUGGUUAUAAAAAUACUUGAUGGGUCGUUUGUGAACCAUUCGUUUUUUCCAGAGGUUAAAAAGGCAUUUGUUACGGUUCUGUUGCGUGUAAUGUUGGUUGUCUCUGGCGUGUUUGCACACAAAUUUUUUGAGAGAGUUGAUGGUAAAUGGGUUCCUUGUACCCUUAAGGGUUACUUUGAUAAGAGAGCACCAAAGGAUACCCAUCUUACUGUCCUCGACUUUUCUGCGUCUGAACAUCCUUUCAUAAUUUUGUUUGGAGGUGUGAAAUUGGGACUUCCCUAUGACGUAUUCCUCUCAAGUGUCUUGGGUAAAGUUGUCAAGGUCGUUGAUGGAAACGAAGUUCUUUGGGAAGGAAAGGGUCUAGGUGGAAGGUAG